CUGUAUUUAUUAAUUUGUCUUGUGAAAAUUAUGAAAUUUGCUUUGUCUGUAUCAAGGGAUAGCUUAUUUGUCUUCAAUCGCUUAUUUUAUUUGCAAAGUUCAUCAUUAAUUGUUGCAAUAAGUGUAUCAAAAUUUGUAUGUGACAUAAACAGAUUUGUAUCGUCUGUAAAUAGUAAAGUGAAACUUUUGCCUGAUAUCAUCGGAAGAUCGUUUACAUAAAUCAAAAAUCAAAGAAGUCCGAGUAUGGAUCCUUGCGGUAGACCACAUGUUACAGAUAUCUGGGACGAGACAAACUAUUAUAAGAAACAUACUGCAUUCUGUCUGACAAAUAAUCUUUUAUCCAUUUAAGGACAGAGCCUUUAAACGUUUUGAAAACACCCGCCAAAUUCAACAAGGUGGUACAAAAGCGACACCUGCCUGUUUAGGACAAACGCUAUCCCACGAAGUUUGUCCCACGUACUUAAAUUACAACUAUAUCAUAAACAAACGCUGGGCUUCCGGAUGGAAAGAUUUACCUUUUCUGAUUCAUGCAUGUAUGACCGCGCGGCCAAGACAGUCGGUAGAUAGAUUAACGGGCCAAAUCAGGUCACAAUAUCUUUCGAUCCCGUAAACCUCUGCUUGGCGAAUGAAAUGCACCUUCUUUGCUUAUAUUCUGCAAAAUUAUUCCAGGUUCGCUCCUUGCUCCGGAACGCACGUUACUUACACAAAAUUAAAGAUCCCAAAAUCGUGAGAAACAACAGCUAUGAAGGCCAAUAUACCCAGCAAGCGUAGCAGUUGUAACACAGUUAAACACACGUGGGCAAACAAAAUCAAGAGCACAGCGUGGCGGGAACGCGGGUCAGAGUAAUAGCAAGUCCCUUAAACUUAAAUCACAGUGACUAGAAUGAUCAUGAGUUCCACUUUGUCAAAGAACUAUUACUAGUUGGGCUAUAACACAGUAAACAUUGGUUGCCAACACCCCGGCCUGACGUCAAGCCUAUAUCGCGUAUCCCAACAUCCCCCACGACACAGACCGACGUAUCUGAGCUAGCCGUGUGUUGUCUGCCCGCCAAACUACAUGUAUGCACCGUUACUCCAGCGUUUGAGCCUCCUACUUUAACCUCAACAGCAUUACCAGUCCUAUAUCGAUCAUCUCCACUGUCGACGUCCUCACACCUUGACUACGUCGGUCCGGUGUCGGUCCGCUGUCAUAUGUGAAAGUCUCAGUCAACAUUAGGGGUGAAGUGCGUCUAUAGAAGAGGACCAUGGCGAAAGUGAAGGAGGCCAUUGAGGCAGAAGAUGAGUAUGAUGAAAGCUUCACUGACCAGCCUGAGGGUGCUACCUGCGAUCCAAGGACCAGCAUCAUACUACCAACAGACCUGAAACCAGCUUUUCACAUCGUUGUGAAGUAUAUGCAUGACAAAUGGAUGGAGCUUGGGUAUCAUCUUGGACUUGAACAUCCUGACAUCAUUGGAACAGAGAAGAGAUUUCACGGGGAUACAAAAGCAUGCUGUAGAUCAGUACUUUCGCAGUGGAAGGAUAAAAAUGGGAGAAGAGCUACCUGGAUACAACUGCAAAAGAUCGUUACCGAAACCGGCAACAAAGAUGUGUCAGAAAAACUGCAGAAAAAGCUUUGCUGUUUCAAUGAGAAAUACUGGAAAGACCCAAUGGACAUGGCUGUGUUCCUGAGCGAAGACGUUGUUUAUGACAUGUAUGCAUCUUCAGGUGACCCACAAUUCAUGAUGUAUCUUGAGAGUAUAGUAUUUGGUGAUUACUUCACUCAUGCUCUUCAGGUUGAGAGCAAUGAGCAGUCUGAGCAGCAGGUGGCCAAGUCUAAGGAACUAAGGGAAUCUUACGAUGCUCUAAACUCAGAAAAAGCAAGGUAUUUGAAGUUGAGAAUGCUCAAAUGUCGCAUGAUGCUAAAAGAAGAGAAUGAUCGGAUGGAAAGGGAACUAGGUUUGAUACCAGCAAUAGAAGAUAACAUGCCAGGUCCAUUCAAAGUUAUCGAAAGAGAAAGCCGUCAAAAGAAUCAUGACUCUGGCUUUGAAUCAACAGCAACAAAGUCUCAUACUGGCUCAUCUGCUGACCCUUCCCUGGCUAGAGCUAAAGACAAGGUGCCAAUAAAUGACACAGUAGAUGAGCUGGAUGAAGAUUCCAGCUCUGAUGAGGCCAGCUACCAAACAGCUAGUGAUGGUGAGUCAACUGAUUUUAACGAUGUAAAAUGGUUUGAGCAAUGAAUGUGCCAGACCUCUGAGGAUGUUAGGACAAGUUAGCUGAGAGUAGAACAUCUGCUACCAUACCAGAUAGUGGGUCAUUCUCCAAAGAUAACGAUUUGCCUGGUAGCCAAACUAACCGAAAUCUUGAAAAUCAUUCAGAAACAAAUUGCUUGCAAUUGGAAGAAACUGUUUGAGGUUCAUUUGAUGUAUACACUGCUAUUUUCAAUGGAAAUGAAGUUUCUUCUAGUCAGCAGUGAGUUGUUAGUGUCCAGAUGUUUCUUGAAGAAAAAAAAAGUUUAACAUAUUGCUGCAAUUGACUUCAUAGAAUUAUGAAGUGAACCCGGGUUUUUGUAGCUAAUGACAAGUAUUUCUUGCUUUUAUUAGUUAGUAAAGGUGUGCUGAUGUACAUUUUGCAGUCCACUGAUUUACAAGCUUGACCAUGUACAUCGAGGCUUUAUGACACUAUUUUGUAUGUCUGUUCUAGCAGUUUUCUGUGAUUCACAUAGUGGUCAGUAAUGUGAGGUACCUUGUAUAUAAUAAUUGAUGAUGGUUGUAAAAUGUUUGUAUCAUUUCUAUCUUUAAAGGCACUAUGUCAUCAAAUUGGAGUAGCUUUGAAAUAUGUCAGACAUUAGAUUUACAUGUAAGUAGUAAUCUUUCUUUAAGUCUAUGAG